AUGGACGGAAACGAAGAAGAUUCUAGCUCUCAGGUUAUUGAAGUUUACAAGCAUGAGGAGAAGUCCCUAGGAAGUGGAGUUUCUGACCCUGCAUUACCAACUCUUGGUGCUGAUCAAUACCUUAAGAAGAACCGAUCACCAUACUUAAAGGUUGUAUCAGCGAUGGUGAGCAAUGAUCUCUUGAGCCUUGUGAACACUAGGCCUCUAAAGUUCUGGAAGGAAACCCUUGCUAUUCUUUGCAGUUUUGCUCAGAGAGAUGAAUGGACUAUGCUUUGCGACACACUUGCUUCAAAACUCAUGGGGGCUGGCAAUACAGAAGCUGCAACUCUUUGUUAUAUAUGUGCUGGAAAUAUUGAUAAAACAUCCACCCAGCUUCUUUAUCAAUCAUGUCCAUACCAAGCAACAACCCUGUUAAUCUCUGGUCCCUAUCUGGAUAAACUUUUGACCAGUCAAAAUGUAUUUGCUUUCAAGUACACAACGCAAGCGACGGUUUUCAUAGUUCUUUCAUGCCUCAUCUCAAUUUCUGUCAAUUUUAGCACAUUUCUUGUAAUUGGAAAGACAUCUCCAGUCACCUAUCAGGUUCUUGGACACCUAAAGACAUGCCUUGUAUUGGCAUUUGGUUAUACUUUGCUCCACGAUCCAUUCAGCUGGAGAAACAUCAUGGGUAUUCUGUUGGCCAUGGUUGGGAUGAUUCUAUAUUCUUACUAUUGUACUCUUGAGAAUCAGCAAAAAGCCGUUGAAGCUGCCACACUAGCAUCCCAGGCAAGGGAAGGUGAAUCUGAUCCUCUAAUUAAUUUGGAAAAAGGAAGCAGCGAUGUGACUGACAGUGUUGGACAUAUGUCCCCUGUAUGGAGCAAAGACAAAGACUAAGAUGUUUAUGACCU